AUGCGAUUCACAACCAUCACCGCUCUCACCACCCUCGCUGGCCUUGCCGCCGCAUGCCCAACUCCUCAACCCCCAGUCACCAACGACCCAGCCUAUUUCAGCCUCCUCGCCAUCCGAUCAGGAAGCUCCAUCCAAUAUGCUACAUUCGGCGCCGCAAAGAGCUCUCUAUUCGCCAAUCUGCCCGCACAAAAUGCAAGCUGUGACGCCUGCGGCGUCAACACAGCAACCUUCACACUCAAGGACGGCACACUAAACCUUUACGCCGCGUCCGCCACCCCUCAGACCUUCUAUGUCGACAGAUCGGGUAUGGGACAGGGCAAGUUGGGAUACACCACUGGUGCUCAACCUACGCCUAAGAACGCUGAGAGGACCGGAUGGAACAUUAAAGAUGGAUAUUUGUACUUCAAUGAGGCGGGGUUGAUUGCUUGCCCGAACUCUAUUGAUGGUGCUUGGAGCGUGUGGGUGUCUGCUGGUAUUGAGAACCCGGCUGGGAACUCGAAUUGCACGCCUUUUGCGCCGAAGGUUCAGGCGAUUGAGAAGGGACGCCAGAUCGGGUGCGUGUAUACUGAGUAA